AUGGUGGACGAGAAGGUUCGGUAUGAGGAGCUACCCAUACCAACGUACGAAGAAGCUACCGCAUCACAGUCCGGAUCCUCGCAUCUAGGCCCGGAGCACUCUAGCGAUGAUCUAGAAAGGCAGGGUCUUCUUCAACAUGAAGAAUCAAAUGAUGACUUGCCCAACCGGUCGCAGUCAGCCCGUAAUGGAGGUUACCAACCGCCGACCGUGGAGUCGGCUCGCUCCAGUAUCGACUACCUCGCCUCUUCAGCUUCAGGUUCUGCCCGUCAGUCAGAGGAGGAAUUACGACGGGAGAUACACCAAAUGGAUGUAGAUGAUUCCGGCUCGUCAUCCAGAACUCGUCGAUCUCUAUUCAGUCACCGGUUUUCCAAACGCUUCUCCAACCCCUUUUCCAGUUUAACAAAAACGUUGUCGUCCAUACAACUUCCGUUUCGAAAUAUAUUUCCCCGCUUUCAGAUUCAAUGGAGGUUUUGGCAAAUACAGAUCAAUGAAGACGGAUUUGCCUGUAUGCUCUUUCUCCGUCUCUUCGGUCUAUUCAUUCUUGUCUUUCUCAUCUACCUCGUGUUCGUCUCCGAUGUCUUUGCCGUUGGGAGCCGGUUUAGCAUGGGACAGUCUUACACGGCAGCAUCCGUUGAGAGUUUUGUGCAGAGUCACAUUAACGAAACCAACAUUGCCAACAAUCUUCAGAAAUCGACCCAGUUCGCACAUAUAGCGGGAACGGAGGGUAGUUAUGUGCUUGCCGAAUGGAUCGAGCAGGAGUUCAUAAAUGCAGGAUUGGAAGAUGUUGGGAUGGAGGAGUUUCAGGUAUACCUGAACUAUCCACGGACUGAUGGUCGUCGUGUUGCCAUUGUAGAUCCGCCGGAACUAGCCUGGGAAGCUGCAAUCGACGAGCCACAGAUAUAUAACGAUGCCAAGCGGCAACAGACGCUUGUCUUUCACGGUCAUUCCAAAUCGGGAAAUGUUACCGGUCCCUUGGUUUAUGCCAAUUACGGAUCUCAGGACGACUUUAAACGACUUGCAGACAGCGGUAUCUCCGUCGAAGGCGCCAUUGUUUUAGUUCGAUACUACGGUACUCAAGGUGAUCGUGCACUUAAAAUCAAGGCGGCGGAGCUUGCAGGUGCAGCGGGAUGUAUCAUAUAUUCUGACCCAGCAGAGGAUGGUUUUAUCAAAGGACCAGCUUACCCUGACGGUCGCUAUAUGCCAAGUCUUGGUGUACAGCGCGGAGGCGUGAGUUUGAUGUCAUGGGUUGUUGGAGAUGUCCUGUCGCCGGGAUUCGCUUCGACGCCGAAUGAAAAGAAAAGGUUAUCGCCAGAAGAGAGCCUAGGCUUGGUACAAAUACCUAGUAUUCCGCUCUCCUGGCGCGAUGCGCAACGCUUGUUACAAGUUCUGAAGGGCCAUGGAUCGAAAGUAUCGGCUGACUGGGUGGGCGGCGUGCCUGACAUCUCUGAGUGGUGGACUGGUGAUUUGUCUUCACCAAAGGUGAAUUUGAUGAAUUUGCAGGAUGAGGUCGAAAGGCAACCGAUCUACAAUGUUUUGGGCCGAAUUACAGGGUUGGAGCAACCGGAAAAGAAGAUUAUUGUUGGUAAUCAUCGGGACUCUUGGUGUUUUGGUGCAGUCGAUCCCGGCAGUGGCACCGCGACGUUUCUAGAGAUUGUCCGCGUUUUCGGGGAGAUGAGGAGCGUCGGAUGGCGCCCUCUCCGUACCAUCGAGUUUGCGAGCUGGGAUGGUGAAGAAUAUAACCUGAUUGGUUCGACUGAACAUGUCGAGAACGAAAUGGACAGACUCCGAAUUAACGGAUUUGCAUACCUUAAUGUUGACGUCGGCGUUAGUGGCAACUCUUUUGAGGCUGCCGGAUCACCAAUGUUCCAUCGACUCCUCAAUACGGCCAUGGGUCGAGUAGGCGAUGAGGCAGCUAAUAAAACACUUAAAGAGAUUUGGGACGAACAAGGAAAGCGGUUGGAAGGAUUAGGCGCUGGGAGUGAUUAUGUUGCCUUUCAAGAUAUGGCUGGCACCUCCAGUCUUGACUUUGGGUUUGGCGGUGCGCCUUUCCCUUACCACAGUUGUUACGAGAACUACGAGUGGAUGUCCAAAUUCGGGGACCCCGAUUUUCGGUAUCAUCGAAUGUUGGGUGAACUUUGGGGUUUGCUGCUUUUAGAGCUUGCAGACAGUCCUAUCCUUCCUUUUGAUUUGGAAGCAUACGCAGCUGAUUUCAGCGGUUACAUUAACAAUCUGCAAGAGUACGCGACUUCAAAAGGUGCUCCGCUGAAAUCAUCGGAUACUCCACAGGCAAGAUCUGGGACCGUUGACCUAAAGCCUUUAUAUGAUGCCGCAGAAGUAUUCAAGACAAACGCCGCUAAUUUCCAAGCCUGGGAGCAAGUCUGGUAUAGCGCCGUGUAUGGAGCGGGUGGUUUUGAGAGCAAUGUUAUGGGAGCUCGACGUAUCGAACACAACAACCGUCUAGCUGGAUUCGAGACAAAUCUGCUAGACUUGUCCCAAGGUGGCGGUGUCCCCAAUCGAACCCAAUUCAAACACGUCCUAUUCGCUCCCCAGACCUGGUCCGGCUACGACGAGGCCGUUUUCCCAGCCAUUCGUGAUGCUAUUGACGCCGGAGACUGGAACGCGACCCAAUUAUGGAUCAACCGUGUUGCCGACAUUGUUACGCAAGCGAGUGUAAAGUUGAACAUAUAA